GCGACAGUCCAGGAGACCGAAGCGAGACCGAGAGCCAACCGUGAGCCCCGGCCCAGCUCUCUGCCCAGCAGUUCGUCCCUGAGAGUCCAUUCUCCAGAAGGGGCGGUAAGCGGCCAGCCGGCAGCAUGAGAGCUCAGAUUGAAGUGAUCCCCUGUAAGAUCUGCGGGGACAAGUCCUCAGGAAUCCACUAUGGUGUUAUCACCUGUGAAGGCUGUAAGGGCUUCUUCCGAAGGAGCCAGCAGAACAACGCCAGCUAUUCCUGUUCUCGCCAACGAAACUGCCCCAUCGACCGUACCAGCCGAAAUCGCUGCCAACACUGCCGCCUGCAAAAGUGCCUAGCCCUGGGCAUGUCACGAGAUGCGGUCAAGUUUGGCCGGAUGUCCAAGAAGCAAAGGGAUAGCCUGUACGCAGAAGUUCAGCGACACCAGCAGAACCAGGAGGCAGGCCAGUCCCUGGAUGGCGGUGGCCUAAUUCCCAGAGAUGGCAGCAACAUGGCCAGCAGCCUCUCUGACCUGGACCACCUCUCAGGCCUGCCAGAUGGGUUACUCUUUGAUAUGCCGCUCAGCCCGGAAGAGACAGAAGCCAGCACCACAGCCCCAACUUACUACACCCUCGAUCUACUGGGCUCGGCUCAGCCAUCACCAGAGCCAACGUGCCUGGAGACACUGUAUGAGAUGGGACUGGACCCCGGGGUCCUGGUGCACAGUGGAACUCCUGGGAUGCCACCUGAUCGUGAUAUUGAGCGAGUGGCCCAGAACGUCAUCAGGUCCCACCGGGAGACCUGCCAGUACACAACAGAAGAGCUGAAGAGGCUAGCAUGGGCCCAGCACACCCAGGAGGAGCUGUGCAGCCUGCAGGCAAAGCCUUGUGAGGUCCUGUGGCAACAGUGUUCGCUCCAGAUCUCCCACGCCAUCCAGUUCGUGGUGGAGUUUGCGAAGCGUAUCUGCGGCUUCAUGGAUCUUGACCAGAAUGACCAGAUCAUCCUACUCAAAGCAGGUUGCCUAGAAGUGCUGCUGAUCCGGAUGGUUCGGGUCUUCAAUCCUUUGAAUAAUACCGUGCUCUUUGAUGGCAAAUUUGGAGGGAUACAGAUGUUCAAGGCCUUGGCCUGUGAUGACUUGAUUGGGGCCAUCUUUGAAUUUGAAAGGGGCCUGUGUCGUCUGCAGCUGUCAGAUGAGGAAAUUGCUCUGUUCACAGCGGCUGUCCUGUUGUCCCCAGCUAAUCUCCAAGUUGCCCCUGUUGAAAGCUAUUUGCCGCCUCCACCUGGACAAGCUGGAAUGUUUCCGCCUCCUGCACCCAGAAACAGCUCGUCUCUUCCCCCCACUCUACAAGGAAGUUUUCAACACGGAACUUCAGUACAGCAGCCUCCGGGAAAGCUAGAGGCUGAGUGUCCAUCUGUUGGAAGGGAGGAGGGCGGAGGUGGACAUUCCAUGUCUGCGGGGGGGCCAGGGGAUUCAGAUUGGAGAAGGGAGAAAUGGGAGUGGAGAAGGGAGAAGUGGGGAGGAGAAGGGAGUAUCCCUGGAGCCAGACCCAACCACAAACCGCCCUGAGCUGCCUUCAUUUCCCGGUCGCAAUGGCUUCAAAGCUUUUCUGUGGAUUGGAAUAGCUUUGAAGGGUAGCUCACCUUGAAUGGACUCAGGAAGGAAGACACUGCCCUCGCUGGGGAAAUGAAGGGAAACUACUCACCCUGGCCAAAGGAGGAGGACCCUGAGUGUAAAGGAUGGACCAAAGCCAUCACCUACCUAAGCCCUUUCUCAGAGGUCUGAGUUCUUCACCCAAGGAGACAGACACAGAGAGCCAGUGUGUGGCAUGAAAGUGCUUGAAAGGAACUACCUGAAUCUGCUAGCCCACUCCUCCCUCCCCAUUCGACAGAUGGACAAAGCAAGGCCCAAGGAGGUGUACUGGGACUUGCCCAAGGUCACACACCAGAUUGGAAACUUUGUUCAGAGGACCAGACGCUCAUUGCUUUCUCUGAGUGAAAACAGGCUGACCUAGAUUCACACACUGGGAGAGUCAUGGAGAAUGAAUUGAUGGAUUCUCACUGCCCUCCCCCUGAUUCUGUCUAGAGCAGGAACGGUGAAAUGGGGAGCGGAUCACCACGAGGAAACAAGAUAGUGGAGUUACUGGAAGCCACGAGGGGCAGUGCAAACACUCUGGACUGGGCAUCAGGAGGUGUGGUUUCCUUUCGGGGCUCUUCUGCUGAGGAGCAGGAUGACUGGACAAGGCGUGUACCCUAAGGUCAAGACCCGUUAAUUAAGACUGUAGCUGUACAGUGACUUAGAGACCAGUGAGUCAACCUCCUUGUUUUACAGAUGAGGAAACUGAGGCCCAGAGAGAGGAAAGGGGCUGCCUAAGCUCACAUAUGUCACGAGUGACAAAGCUGGAUUUGAACCUAAAGCCUCUUUCCAAAUCCAGCACUCUUUCUGUUGCGCUGCAUCCUUUCUGGACCUUACUUUUCCCCUCAGUAAAAUGGGUGGGUGGGUGGUGGGCUAAAUGAUUUCUUAAUUCCCUUCUAGCUCUAAGGUCCUAGUUUCUACCUGGUUUCUCUUCUUGAAUGUGCCACUGAUUCAGUGUGUGUGUGUGUGUGUGUGUGUGUGUGUGUGUGUGUGUG